UCUGGCAGAAACUCCAAGAUGCCUUCACAGAAGGAACGCACCAAGAGGAGCCUCACACAGAGGCUGGCCCUAAAGAGCCGUAUAGCUAAGGAGACAGUCUCUGAGUUCCUGGGCACCUUUAUAAUGAUCGUCCUUGGGUGUGGCUCUGUUGCCCAAGCAGUCCUCAGCCGAGGUCAUCUUGGUGGAAUAGUCACUAUGAAUAUGGGAUUUGCAACAGCAGUUGUCAUGGCUAUUUAUGUCACUGGCGGUGUCUCUGGAGGCCACAUCAACCCAGCUGUGUCUUUUGCAAUGUGCGUCUUUGGAAGGAUGGAGUGGUUCAAGUUCCCAUUUUAUGUGGGAGCCCAGUUUUUAGGAGCCUUUGUAGGGGCUGCAACUGUCUUUGGCAUUUACUAUGAUGGACUCAUGGCCUUUGCUGACGGAAAGUUGCUCGUCGCGGGAGAAAAUGCAACAGCAUUCAUUUUUGCAACAUACCCAGCUCCAUUCAUAUCCCUGCCAAAUGCCUUUAUAGACCAAGUGCUGUCUACCAUGUUACUCCUUCUGAUUGUCUUUGCCAUUUUCGACUCCAGAAACAUGGGGGUCCCCAGAGGCCUAGAGCCCCUUGUCAUUGGCCUCCUGAUCAUUAGCCUUUCUUGUUCUCUGAGCCUCAACACUGGCUGUGCCAUGAACCCAGCUCGAGACCUGAGCCCCAGGCUCUUCACUGCUCUGGCAGGAUGGGGAUUUGAGGUCUUCACAGCUGGGAACAACUUCUGGUGGAUUCCUGUUGUGGGCCCGAUGGUUGGCGCUUUCUUCGGAGGCCUCUUCUACAUUCUUCUUAUCCAGCUGCAUCACUCGGACCCCGACUCAGAAGUGAAGGCAGAGCCAUCUGGGAGCAAGCUAGAGAAAUAUGAACUCAGCGACAGCAUGUAG